AUGGAUGAUUACAAAGAGCAAGAACCUGCAAGGUGCCAUGUAAAUAUGGAAGAAACAAAGGAGGAAAAUGCAGGGGAACUUACUGUGCAGAGCGACAUCUACGGUUUUGGGGUAGUGCUUUGUGCCUUUGAUAUAAACCGGCCGAAGGGGGAGCAGAAUCUAGUCGAACGGGCACGGCCACAUCUCAUAAACAGGCGCAAGAUAUGCCGUUUGGUGGAUACCAGUCUAGGAGGUGAAUACUCCACAGGCGGGGUGAAGAAAGUCGCUGCCCUUGCUCUUGAAUGCUUGGCCUUGGAUGCUAAGAUGAGGCCGUCCAUGGACAAGGUGGUCUCUGUUCUCGAAGGAAUUCGAGACUCCAUUGAUCAACACAUAAAACGAACACAUCUCAAGUCCAAUGGUAAAGGGAAAAUGUGGACAUUUGGGUAA